AACUCAGACCGCAUUCUCAACAAACUCUCAUUCGUCAAAGUACAUAUUGAAUCGAGUUUGAGCCGGGCGCACUUGCUCAGCACUUUUUUAAAUUGACGACGAUGAAAGACGACCAGAAAUCUGGAUUAGCUUCUACAUCAACCGACACCAAUGCAGAACCCCCAAUAGAUUCAGUACCCGGUGGUGAACAGCACCAGGAUGAUGACUCACUGAGCGAGGCCCCAGACGAAUCCGACGAAGAUCAAGUCAAGACUUCUCCCAGUAAAACCCCUCGACAACUCAGGAUAGACUCAGAGAAAGCUGAUCGCGCAAUAGCGCGUCAAGAUCAAAAGGCAGUCCGCGAGGCUCGAGAUGCGAACCUGAACUCGCGUCGGAAAGAAGUAGACGCGGGUAAGGUAGCAGAUAGCAUCAAACGUUUUAGCUACCUUCUGGGUCAGACAGAUUUAUUCCGUCACUUCUGUGACCUAAAGGCCCAAAGGGAACCUGAAUUUGCAAAACUCUUGGCUGAGAGUGAAAAAGCCACGAUCAAUAUCAAUAAUCGAGCCAAGGCCAAAGGUUCGAAUCGUAAACGAAAGACUGAAAAGGAGGAAGAUGAAGAGUUACUGGCAGCUGAAAAGAGUGGGGACAAAGAAAACCCUGAGGAUGCAACCGCGGAUGACGAACCAUUUGUUUUCACUGAAUCACCUAGCUAUGUGAAAGGCGGAACUAUGCGAGAUUACCAGAUUCAGGGUUUGAAUUGGAUGGUAUCACUUUUCCAUAACGGUAUCAACGGUAUUCUAGCCGAUGAAAUGGGAUUAGGGAAAACUUUACAAACAAUCUCCUUUCUUGGGUAUUUAAAACAUCAUCGAUCUCUCGCUGGACCUCACCUUGUCAUCGUUCCUAAAUCUACUUUGGAUAAUUGGCACCGAGAAUUCAAUUUCUGGGUACCUGGUUUUAACAUCGUUUCACUCAAAGGAAGCAAAGAAGAACGUAAUGAGAUUUGUCAAACUAAAAUUCUCACUCAAGAUUUCGAUGUUAUCCUCACGACUUAUGAGCUUUGUUUGAGGGAAAAGGGAAGUUUGAAACGUGUGGCUUGGGAAUAUAUUGUCAUUGAUGAGGCCCAUCGGAUCAAAAACGUCGAUUCUAUGCUUAGUCAGAUCGUCCGAUUAUUUCAAAGCCGAGCCAGGCUUUUGAUCACUGGGACGCCGUUACAAAACAACUUGCAAGAGCUUUGGGCACUCCUCAACUUUCUUUUGCCAGAUGUGUUCAGUAGUAGUGAAGACUUUGACGCGUGGUUUCAGCGUGAACGAGGUACUAACGCCGAGUCAUCGUCGGAUGCGGAAAAUAGUGUAGUCAAACAGUUACACAAAGUUCUCAGGCCGUUUUUACUGAGACGAGUCAAAGCAGAUGUAGAAAAAAGUUUACUACCGAAAAAAGAAAUCAAUGUUUAUGUAGGAAUGACUGAGAUGCAGAGAAAAUGGUACAAGAUGAUUUUAGAGAAAGACAUUGAUGCAGUCAAUGGGGUUACAGGCAAAAAGGAGGGUAAAACUCGAUUGAUGAAUGUGGUGAUGCAGCUUAGGAAAUGUUGUAAUCAUCCUUACCUGUUCGAUGGUGCUGAACCUGGGCCUCCGUUCACCACUGAUGAACAUCUUGUAUUCAACAGUGGAAAGAUGAUCAUACUCGAUAAAUUACUCAAAGCUAUGAAAGCCAAGGGAUCGAGGGUACUCAUCUUUAGUCAAAUGAGUCGUGUUCUCGACAUCUUGGAAGAUUAUUGUCUGUUCCGGGAAUACGAAUAUUGUCGGAUCGAUGGUAGCACUCAGCACGAGGAGCGUAUUGGCGCAAUCGAUGAAUACAACAAAGAAGGAAGCUCGAAAUUCAUCUUUUUGUUGACCACGCGAGCCGGUGGUUUGGGAAUCAAUUUGACCACUGCCGAUAUAGUCGUCCUGUUUGACUCCGAUUGGAAUCCUCAGGCAGAUCUACAGGCCAUGGAUCGCGCUCAUCGUAUUGGGCAAAAGAAGCAGGUCUAUGUGUUUAGAUUUGUUACUGAAAACGCGGUGGAAGAAAAAGUGCUUGAAAGAGCUGCACAAAAGUUGAGACUUGAUCAGUUAGUCAUUCAGCAAGGGAGAGCCAACGUGGCUCAAAAAGGUCAAAGUAAGGAAGUCCUCGUAGAUAUGAUUCAGCAUGGGGCGGAGAAGAUCAUCAAUAACAAGGAAACCAUGCUGGUCGAUGAAGACAUUGAGUCUAUCAUCACAAGAGGUGAAGCACGGACGGCGGAAUUGAAUGCCAAAUAUUCUGGCUUGGAUUUUGAUGACCUCGCCAACUUCAAAACUGAAACCAACACUCAGCAGUGGGAAGGUGAAAAUUACGCUGCUAAUGGACAGGCCAAGAAGAAGAUCAGUAUGACUUGGAUCGAGCCCGCUAAACGAGAGCGGAAAAUGAAUUACAGUGAAAAUAUGUCUUUCAGAGAUAUGUUGAGGGGUGGGCCUGCGGUUCCCAAGAAGAAGAAAGGACCAAAGAAGAUUAACACGUCAGAUUGGCAAUUCUAUCCACCUCGCUUCAUCGAACUACAAGACCGAGCAGAUCUACAUUUCAAGAAAACUCAAGGAAUCAAAGCAGAACUACCAGAGAGAGAAGAGGGCGAGAACCCUGAUCCAGAGGAGUUAGAGAAAGAGAGACAAGAUUUACAAGCGGAAAUUGACAAUGCCAAACCUCUCACCGAAGACGAAUUGGCUGAAAAGGCAGAAAUGCAAUCUCUCGGUUUCGAGAGCUGGUCACGCAGAGAUUUUUUGAAUUUCAUCAAAGGCUGCGAAUUACAUGCGCGGGAUGCGUAUGAUUUGAUUGCAUCAGAGAUAGAUACCAAGACCAGAGAAGAAGUCCAGGAGUACGCUGAGGUCUUCUGGCAACGUUACGAAGAGAUCGAGGAUCAUGCACGCUUCAUCACCAAAAUUGAACAGGCAGAAGCCAAACGAAAGAAAGCUGACCGAACGGAAGAGCUCCUUAAAGAAAAGAUCAGUAGUGUCAAACAUCCCAUGCAAAAUCUCAAGAUUCAUUACCUUAAUCAAACCAAGGGUAAGAGUUACAGUGAAGAAGAGGACCGAUUCCUGUUAAUACAGCUCCAUCGGCAUGGACUUGGUAAGGAAGAAGUUUGGGAGUUGAUCAAGAAGGAUAUCAUCGAGAGCCCUCUAUUCAGAUUCGAUUGGUUUAUAAAGUCAAGAACCCCACAAGAAAUCAUGCGUCGGUGCAACACACUUGUACAAUUGAUUGUCAAAGAAUUAGAUCCUGAAGAUACUGAAGAGCUGAUGCGUAAACGAACUGUGAAGCCAAAGAAAGAAGGAGAUGCAAAGGACGGCGAGCAAGAAGAGUGUGAACCGCCAAGCGCAACCCACACGAACAACAACGCGCCCACUAACGGUAAAGCUCCGGCUGCUAAAGCUCGCAAACGUAAAACAGACGAAGUUAAUUCAAACGGGGCUGCUGAUCUUGGUGAAUCGAGAGGUAGUACUCCAACCUUGAAGAAAAAAUCACGAACGAAAGCUUAAAAAAUACAAGAUAAAUUUGUUCAAGUUCAUAUCAUUUUUGAAUGUAGUCUUGAAUAAAUUGUUAAAUUGUGAUUGAGAUUACCCAUGAUAGAAAUGUAGGAAAAUGUUGUAAUUUGAUUAGAGAAAUUUUAUUUAGAGGAAUUGCUUAGUUAUUAUAAAAGCAAAAUCAAUGGCGUGUUUGGUUCAUUGGC